AUGUCCCACGCGGUGCUGCUGCUGCGGCGGCUCCGGCACCGGCACCGGGAACAGAGCCGGGACAGCGACGAGGAACAGGACUGGGAUCGGGAUCGGGAGUGUGACAGGGACCGGGAUCAGCACCGGGACCGGGACGAACCCCACGAACGGCACCGCGAUCAUCCCCGGGCUCAGGCCCGACACCCCGCACCGACCCCGCCGUCCCGGCUCUCCCUCCCCGUUCCCCUCGCCCCAUCCCCAUCCCCGAGCCCCCGCCGCGGCCGCCGCCGCCGCCGCCCGUACCCGGCGCAGCGCGUUUACCGGGUGCGCUGCUCCUUCCUGGAGCUGAGCGACGAGCAGGCGCUGCGGCGCUGCCGCCUGGACCGGGCCGCCAUCGCGGCGCUGUGCCGGGAGCUCGGCGCCGACCUGCAGAGCCUCACCGGGCGCAGCCACGCGCUGCCCGUGGCCGUCAAGGUCACGUCGGCCUUGGCCUUCCUGGCCUCGGGAUCCUUCCAGACGGCGUCGCGCCUCAGCACGGGCAUCAGCCAGUCGGCCAUGUCCAACUGCCUGGCGCAGUUCCUGGCGGCCUUACAGCGGCGGGCGGCGCGCUACAUCGCCUUCCCUCCUCCGCCCGCGCCCCCCGGGGACCCCCCGGCGCUGCCCGGCGUGCUGGGCUUGGUGGGCGCCAUGCACGUGGCGCUGAGGGCGCCGGCCGACGACGAGCCCAUGUUCCGGAACGCCGCCAACUUCCACUCCAUCAACAUGCAGGUGGUGUGCGACCGCCGCGGCCACAUCACCAACGUGGUGGCCAAGUUCCCCGGCUCGUGCGCCAACGCCACCGUGCUGGAGAACUCGGCCCUGGCGCGCCUCAUGGAGGGCAGCAGGCCCGAGGGGGUCUGGCUGCUGGGUGACGGCUCGUACCCGCUGAAGCCGUGGCUGCUGACGCCGAUCCGGGGCCCGCGCGGCGCGGCCGAGCUGCGCUACAACGCGCUGCACUGGCGCUCGCUGGCCCCGCUGCGCCGCACGCUGGGGCUGCUGCGCCGCCGCUUCCGCUGCCUGGCGGGCGGGGGGCUCCAGUACAGCCCCCCCAAGGUCUGCCAGAUCUUCCUGGCCUGCUGCAUCCUGCACAACAUCGCCCUGCGCCGCCGCGUCCCCCUGGAGCCCCCCGAGGGGCUCCCGCCCGCCCCCGGCCACCCCGAGCCCCCCCCGCAGCCCUGA